AUGAGACAAACCCUGGAGCAGCAAAGGCAGAAGAGAGCAGCUCUCGUUAGCGCCACCCAGUGGUUGCAUCCGUCAUACAUCAGUGUGAUCAGUAUGCUGCUGAGUGAACGAUCUGACAGACACGGAUUUGUGUACUUGAGCUCGGAAUUGCCAUCUCCUGCCUCAACGAGUGAUUCAUUUUGUCCUGAGGCGAUUCUGCUCUCUCGAAUCAGGACUGUUUUUUUUUUCUUUUUUUUUUUUUUUUUUCUUCAGAUUAGCGCAGCCUCUCUGGGAGCUCAGCCUCAGUUCAUCAGCUCUCUUACUACAACUCCCAUCUUCACCAGCGCCAUGUCUAAUGUGGCUGGACUCACAAGUCAACUCAUUACCAAUGCACAGGGUCAGGUGAUUGGAACACUUCCUCUGCUGGUCAACCCUGCAUCACUGGCUGGAGCUGCGGCAGCCUCUGCGUUACCUGCUCAAGGCCUGCAGGUCCAGACUGUGUCCCCACAGCUGAUCUUGAACUCCCAGGGCCAGAUCAUUGCUACGAUAGGGAACGGUCCAACAGCAGCUGCCCCGUCCGCCGCCUCCGUCCUCCCCAAAGCCACUGUGCCCCUGACACUCACCAAAACAACCACGCAGGGUCCUGUUGGGAAAGUGGCCCCAUCCAAAGUGAUCAUUGCUCCCCAGCCACAAGUGGUUAAAUCAGUCACACCCCUCACCUCUACUGGUGCCAUUGCCUGUGGAGACAUGCCUACCGUGGGGCAGCUUGUCAGCAAGCCACAGUCUGCUGUGAAUGAAGAAGAGGCCAUCAAUCUGGAGGAGAUCCGGGAGUUUGCCAAGAAUUUUAAGAUUCGACGGCUCUCUCUGGGGUUGACACAGACUCAAGUGGGCCAGGCUCUCACUGCUACAGAGGGUCCUGCAUACAGUCAGUCAGCCAUCUGCAGAUUUGAGAAGCUUGACAUCACUCCUAAAAGUGCCCAGAAGCUGAAACCCGUGCUGGAGCGCUGGCUGGCAGAGGCUGAGCUCUGGAAUCAGAAAGGUCAGCAGAACUUGAUGGAGUUUGUGGGCGGAGAACCCUCCAAGAAGCGUAAACGGAGAACGAGCUUCACGCCGCAGGCCAUCGAGGUCCUCAACACUUACUUUGAGAAAAACUCCCUUCCGACUGGCCAAGAGAUUACAGAGAUCGCAAAGGAGUUGAAUUAUGACCGAGAGGUGGUUCGGGUCUGGUUUUGUAACCGUCGACAGACUCUAAAAAAUACAAGCAAGAUCAACGUGUUUCAGGCCCAGUAGGAUGGUGGCGUGUCUCUUCGAGUGCAACAGAAGAACUUUUUGGACGUUGAUGUAUUGGUGCUAGUUGCAAAAUGACUGAAAUAACUGAUUUGCUGUUGUGAUGAAGCCAGCGGCACUUGAAUUGUGUGCGGUCUUAGAAUAGUAUCUUUUUUGGGUUUUUUUUGUUUACGUUAUACUGCAUGCAGAGUGACUUUUUGCCAUGCCACCACAAUUUUCAAUGCUAAAAUGGCUUUUGAACUGUUUAAAAUACAGAAGAAGCUACGAAAUCCUGUAGUUGCUGUUUUUAUAGACGAAAAUAAGCACUUCAUUAAUAUAUAAUAGAGAAAACUUGCAAAUAUGCUCUCUCAUUUAGUUGUUUUUGUUUUUGUUUUUGCAGAAACUAACUAUUCUUGGCUGUUAAAAUUGCUUUUUGCUGUAGCAAUUGCAGCUAUGGCUUCUGACUAUGUUUAGUACAUUUAAGAGGCUAUUUAAUCAUUUGACUGAUUUUAUUUUUAUUCAUGCGUUCAUAUAGUUUUGCUGUAAACUUUAAGCUAUGUGAUUGUACAAUGUUUGAGACAAAUAAUUGUUUUUUGUUCAUCUUAAAACUUCCAAAAAGUCCAUCUGAGAGGGUGUAUUCAGGUCUUUAUUUCAGUGGUUCCCCUGUCUUUGUGCUUAAAUACUGUAGAUGUGGUUCAGUCAAGUGGACAAUCAUAGUACUCUGAAUCAGAAAGCAUGCCCUGCUUUUAUGUGGCUAAAUCCAAUUUUUCCAUUUCAGCUGUCAUCGUAAUUUCAUAUGCCAGAGAAUUGUAUGAUUUCAACUGUUUUAAAUAGAAAACUGUACCCGUUAUCAAAGAUUACAAUGACUGACGUACUAGAACAUGUCCUAUGGAUUUUAACAGAAAGCAAAUCUUUAUUUCAGGAGAUGAUAUUGAAGAAAAACUUGCGUCUAUACCUACAUAGGGCACUUAAGAAACAUUAUCUGUACUGCUGAAAGUUUGUUUUAUUGUUGAUCGAUGAGCCGACAGACAAGUGUUAAAAGAUUUUACUGUUAUUAAUGAAUUUGGAUUGUGCUCAUUUGUACUCUUAUUGUGGCAGCAAUAUUCACAGGUGAACGUUUCCCCAUUUAGUAAAACAGCCCAGACAGAAGUUUGUUGUAACAUGUUUCACAUGUUUGUUCUAAGCAUAAAGCUAUAUUGUUCUUAUGGACCUUCAGUAUUUAUCUAAUGGAUUCUUAUCUUGAUUGGUACAAUACUAUACAUUUACAUUUUAAUGUUGUGAAGAAGGAACGGUAUUAGACAUGGUGUUUUAACAAACGCUAUAUACAUAGACUUAACAUGUAAAAAGCAGCAUCUGUUCAACAUUUUAAUCUGUGCAGAACUUAUCGUUUUUAAAAUGAUGCCUAAAUGCAUUUACAGAUUAUAAACAAUGGUACGGUACUCCAUUAACUAUAUUUAUUUUGUAUCAAUUGUAAUGUUUGGUAUUAACUUGUUAUUGUAAUAAAUUAACGCUAAACAGA